AUGGUUGCGGAGAAGGUCGUCCAGGUACUGGAUCUUGCAAUUCAACACUUCAUUAAUUUCGAUCUCAAGGGCUCUGCUUUCAAGCCCAAGGGAGUGAUUCAGGGCUCUGUCAUACCUGAUGCGGUGACGUGGACAACCUGGGAGGUGGACUUCACUGCCAGUACCUGGGGAAUCAAGGCUGCGAUGGACAAAGGCAUUAUGAUUGGUGAUCACAUCGUUGGAGUGAAGUCGCCAGACGCAGCUGACUUUAUGUUUGUACCUCACUUGCCAAAGAGAGCUUCUUACACGUUCAUUAGUGAUAUCGCGAAUGCGAAUGAGAAGAAUCCCAUGGUAGUAGACAUCUUGUGGGACUGCUGUACCGUCCGCUUCACGCGAAUGCACAGGAGACCUUGUGCUUACUGUGGAAGCGAAUCGCUGAUAGAGAUACAGGAAGAGGGAUCCAUAGUUUGCUCCAACUGUGCGAUGGAAAACAACGCGCGAAUCAUGUCCACGCAGUCCGAAUGGCGUACCUUCCAAGACGAUGAUAAGAGCCAGGAAAAGGGAAGAACUGGUGGUCCUGAAAACGCAUUGUUGAACAACGAUGGGGCACAGACCAAGAUAGAAGGAAACGACUUUCUAACCCGGAAACCUGUGACAGUCGAUGUUCUCGGCUCUGCAGCAAACCUGGCGAAGAGCCAGCAUAGAUUUGGCUCGCAAUCUGGAGAUCGGGCAUUGACCGAUGCAUACAAAAAAAUCGAUGAGAUUUGUGACACCAUGAACCUCUCCUCUGUCAUUCGUGGCCAGGCCAAACACAACUUCAAAAGCUAUGACGAAGAGUCAAAGAAACAAAAGAAGAAAAUCCCCAUCGAUCCCGUCCUGACCUCGUGCAUUUAUAUUGCUUGCCGAGAAGAAGGAUUCCCUCGAACAAUGAAGGAGAUGUGUGCUGCCACAACUCUGACCAAGAAGGAGAUUGGGAACGCCUUCAAACACGAACUGAUCAAGAAGACUGUACAGCCUAUGAAGGCAUCCGACAUUAUUCCUCGCUUCUGCUCCAACUUGAACUUGGACGGAAAUGUUAUCGAGGAGGCUGCGAAGCAUAUCUGUCAAGCAGCCGAUGCUCUCAACAUCACUGAGGGAAGGGUGUACACGUCCAUCGCCUCUGCCGCCAUGUUCAUGGCCUGUCUUCUGCGACAACGCAACCCGAAGCACUUCAGAAGUUGCAAGCAGAUCUCAGACGCUACCGGAGCAGCAGAAGCAACGAUCAGGCAGAUCUACAAGGAGAUGCAUGCGAAGCGACACCAGCUUGUCCCUCCAGAUUUUGCAACCAAGGAGGAGAUUGACAAACUUCCCGAGGGAGGAGGUGGAUUCUGA